UUAUACAGAAGCAAUUAGAGAAAAUGUCAAAACCCAUAGACCCUCGUGGUACACCCCAACCCCAUUGUCCACAUGAGCUGAAGAAACUGGUCCGAACACCGAGGAAGAAAAUCUCAGCGAAAUGCCCAAAGACCAAGCGGUGCAUUGACAUCCCAAAGCCUCCCACAAGUUCCAGUACAACCUCAAAGACAUCGGACACCACUAAGCCUCCUCCUUCUGUCACAACCAAGCCUCCCAAAAUGUCAAGAAAACAGAGGAAGUCAAGACAAGUCAUCGAGGACAGAGAAGGUUUUUUGCAGCUUGGGAGGAGUUUGUCUAGUACCAAACCAGUGAUGUACUUCAUCAAACCUUAUGUGGCUAUGGCCACAAUACGGUAUGAGGAGGUCAACAGCAAUUUUCACCAUUCUCGAGGUGCUUCACACCAACAAGUGCGCCUUCCGAAGGCAGAGACACCUUAUGUUGCAUCACGCAAGCAAGGGAAGAGGCGACGCAAAAGAAAAAAGCAAAUCGUGAAAAGACGGAGGCGGCGAAAAUGGAAGGUACCUUGGGAGGCUUCAGUCAAGUUUUCCUGGAGGAAUGAUGGGCAAAUGGACAACAACAAAACAGGAAGCCAAGGAGGUAAC